AUGAAUACGAGAAACAGAAAUUCUGGACGACCAGGAGGGCUGCCGUCGAAUCCGCGUGCAGGAGCGCGCCCGACGGCCCAGAGACACACGCAGCGGGCGGCCUCGCUGGAGAGGCCAAAUUCGAAGGACGUGAGAGGCGGCGCAGUAGCGUCAGCUCCACCCCAUCAGUCCAUACGUCCUCAGAAAUCCAUGGGCGCACUCUCCACUCGUAAUCGUUCCCCGGCUCCUCCAAUGCCCACACGGAAGCGAAGUAUCUCUGGCCCAAGGCAUGCCCCCUCUGCGUCAGCAUCAGCAUCUUCAGCAUCUUCUUUUGCUUCAUCAGCUUCGUUCUUUGACCGGAUCAAAGGGCAAAUGGGAUAUUCAUCGUCACGGACCAGCAUCGAAGAUGAUGGAGCUAAUGCCGGAUUUAAAGGCGAAGGCGAACCUCCAUACUCACAAGAAGACAACGUACGAUACAGCGUCCACUCAUCAAACGGAGACGGGUCCACCGUCUGGAGUCGUGUUGCUGCUGCUGCGGGCAACCUCACUAUCAAUGUCAGCAAGACAUGGGCAGCGAGCAUCGCAACGUAUACCGGCGAAUACACACCACCUGGGCAGGAGUCUCGUUUGCUGCGGGGAAUGAAAGCAUACCACCUUGCUAAAGCCCACGACCCUUCUGACCUACCGAGUUGGUUGUUUGAGCCUCAUGAACGCGGACGGUUUAAACGUGAGGAUCGACAGGGUGGUGAUGAGGAGGACCCUAAUCCGAGAGCGUCGUCAUAUAAAGAGCCCCCGAAGCCACGAAGUCUGCGAGCUGUUUAUGAAGCAGCAGCAGCUACGUCCUCUCCCACCCCUCGAACUAUUAGAGGAGCGGAUGGAAAUGAAGCUCGCCCAUCGAGGGCAACCGAUCGCCUGCAAGCCAUGCGACAGGCAAGAAGGGGGGUUGUCCGGGGGGAUAGUCCUGAUGCUUCUACAGUGGGUGGUCAUGUACGAUCCCCGCAGGGCAGUGUGGAUGGUCGCCGUAAUAUUACUUCAGACGAUGGUGAGCGACGUGUCCCGCGUAUGGGCCUUCCAUCAAGACCAGCACGAAAGGGAUGA